AUUAUUUCAAAUAUAUGUACAAAGAAGGAGUGAAUCCGUUUGAGAUUAUGCUGAAUAAGAAGGUGCAGGCCAUUACAACUGAUGGCCGUGUGUUUUGUGGGUAUGAUAUAUCCUAUAUGUUUAAUGGACUCUAAUUGGAAUUGAUCAAGCAAUGAAUUGUGUAUUGCAAAACAGCGAGGAGAGAGUGUAUUCACUAGAGACGGGAGUUCAAUUUUUAAAUGCGGGGUUGUAGGUGAUUAGAGGAGACACGGUGGCAGUUUUAGGGGAGGUCAAUUUGGAGAAGGAGAAGAGCAUCGAUUUUGAUAAGGUCAAAGCCAAUCAAUUACCCCCCAUUUUCAGCAACACUCAUUGAUUUAAUUGGAAUAUUAAGUUGAAUUUAAUUUUAUGUGGG